UACACCUGUCCAUGUGCUGGAGUCAUUCUUUUGAACAGUUGGUUCCAGAAAGCAAAUCAAGGUUCCUAAUCUCUGUUACUGUGGCACCUUUCAAAUUAAUUUACUGACGUUACCAUUUCAAUCCAAGUAACCAAACUAGUCAUGUUGUACAUAGAGUUGAUCAGGCUGUGGGAUGAAGCCGUGCGGUUAAUAGACGGUCGGGACUGGAAGGGUGCUCUCACUAAACUCAAUCAGAUCACUGAGCACAACUGUCGCACUCUGUUUACGGUUGCAUCGGCACACAUCGCCCUCGGCCAGGUGGACAUGGCUAUUAAGGCUCUGGAUCAGGUCAUCGCAAAGGAUCAGUGUCUUGCUGUAGGGUUUUUUCAGAGGGCUGCUGUUCAUACAAUGGCAAACAGACUUGAGGAGGCACUGUCUGAUUGUAUAUGGGCUCAGAAAUACAUGAGAGAAAACCCUGUUAUUGACUACAAACAGCUGGGUCUACGAUAUAAAAUGUACAGCUGGCAGGUCCUUUAUAACGCAGCAGCGGUUCACUCUAGACUGCAGCAAUGGGACAAAGCCAAUGAGAUCUUACAGGCGGCCUCACAGGAGAGGGGAGUAGGACGGAGCAACCUAGUGGAAACCGCUCUAGAGAAAGUUUCUAAGAGAGAGGUUUUGACACCUCUGCUGGUUCCAGAGGGUGAAGUGUUUCGUCCCAGGAAGCAGGAGGUAGAGCAGCUUAAACCAAGGAACUUCCUGGGUGAAGCUAAGGUCAUCACUUCUUUGAUUCCAAAUGAUGACUUCAGAGGCUUUGAUCCUCUCAGACCACAGACUCCUGGAUACUAUGAGCCAAAGAUAGAAGGCCAGGACUCACGUUACAUGACGACGACAAGUGCAUAUGUGGCUAAAGGGGCAGGAGAGCUAACAGUGCCUGCUGGGGCACAAGUUUUUGUCCACAAUGUUGAUGACAGGGAUGGACUGGCAAUAGUCAUAUAUGAUGGACAGAGAGGUCUGGUUCCCAAGUUCCUGCUUGAACCAAGAGCCAAGAAGAACAAGGAAAAAAACAAGCGAAUUGAACUCGCAAAUGGCAUUCCACACCCUCCUGCAUUAAACCCCCCAAAUCGACCCCAAGGUCUAGCCCAACCUCGAACAGAGUUGCGCCCCUCCAGUGCCCCCUCCGCUGCCCACACAACUCCUCCGAUGAGCAACAGCUCCACCCACGUCCCUGCCCAGCAGGCCCAAACUUCAGCCCAGGAGCAUGGAUCAGUCACGGUAAAGGUACACUACAAAUACACAAUGGCCCUGAGAGUCCCUUUAGAAACGUCAUUCCGAGAUCUGCAGGAGAAAGUCGCUCGGAAAUUAGGACAGCCUGCGACGAACAUUCGCCUUAGACAUAAAAAGCAUGGUACUGCAGUACUGACCCCACUGGAUGGAGAUAAUGGACUCAAUAGCCUUGAAGACGUGAUUGAAUCGAGACGUGCCACAAUUUGGUGUCAGUCUGAGGACCCUCUGGCCAACAGAACCAUUCUCUAUCAGAUGGUGGCACUGUAUGACUACACUGCACAAGGCCCUGAAGACCUGGAAUUCAGUGAAGGGGAUACAAUUGAUAUUCUCAGUGAAGUGAAUGAGGAAUGGUUAGAAGGGCACACUGCUGGAAAUAUUGGCAUCUUCCCCCGAAGUUUUGCUCAUCGGUAAACUGCAUUAGUGUUGCUGAGGCAUCAACAGACUAACAAAGCCUAUAAACAUCAGAGGCCAUAUAUGCAUUGAGAGAACAUUUACAUUUAGUCAUUUAACAGACGCUUUUAUCCAAAGUGACUUAUGAAUGAGGUAAACAAUGGAAGCAAUUGGAACAACAUAAGGACAACAAAACGCAUAAGUGCAGUAAAAACUGGUCUCAUAUUGCCUACCUCAAUAUACAAAGCUAAGGAUUUUUUAGUAUUGCAGAAUACUCAAAAAAUGUGUUCGUUUCAAAGCAUAACAGUAUUUAUAAGAAGUACUUUUAUUUUGCUAGUAUGCUAUAAUUCCUGUUUUGUUUUGACAGAUGAACACAUGGUGAAUGAUUAUGAUGUCGCUAUAAGAGCAAGGAAGCUGAUUCUAACCCUUUUUCAUAGGUUUAAAAUAUCAAUCAAAUUAAAUGUUUGCUCUUUUCUUAAAAACAUUGCAGAUACUCUCUGUAAGUGCUUUUUUUACUGGAAAGCAUUUGGGAAUUCGAGUCUAAAGUGAACCACUCUGUAUAUAAUGCAGAAUGCCUAAAUUCUGUGUGAAUUAAAAGCUAAACUGAC